GGAUCAUUUGCUCUCAGUCUCAUUCAAGUCCAGCCCUUGCUUCUGCUUGCCACUUUUGAUCAGUUUCUGCAGCGAACCGAAAGAAAUCACCUACUGUAGUUGGUUUCUUACUGAAAGAUAAAAUAAAAGCUUCCUCAUCAGAGUAGAAGAAGAUGAGUGGAUUUAAGUGUUUCCUAUUCGCCGCCCUUCUUUACCUUCUCAGCCGGAGAAUAGGAGGCGGAGAUGUUUUUUUUCUUGAUUCCGUCACUAAAGUUGACCACCUCAAGGAUCUAUCCCAAUUGCUAGGAAAAGAUAGCAAGGUCUCGCCGCCUUUGAUCAUCGCUGUUUCAGGAUCAGUUGCCUCUGCCACACCUUUCAAAUGUGAGCGUAGUGACUUACUUGCUGUUAUUCUCGAGGAAACGGAAGAGACAGAGUUUCUGAAACGUAAUUGGAAGUUUUCGUGGGUUCAAGACACUGCAUCCAUCAGGCUCCCCGUCACUAAGCAAGUCCCUUGGUAUCUGGAAGAUGGGACAGGCCGCGUUAAUGUAUCUGGAGCUGAAAAUGCAUUAGGCUUUGCUUUGACUGUCGGAAGUGAAGUUUUUGAAAAGUCUGAGCCCUCGUCUUCCCUUGUUCCUGGAACAUUAGCUUAUCUCCAAGGCUUCAAGAUGCUUGGAGUAAGACGGUUUGAGUAUGUUCUCCCAAUUGGUACCUGGCUUACGGUUGUUGGUGAGGUAUGUCUCCUCUUAGUCUUCUUAUAUGCUUGCCUACUUAGACCUCAUUUUUUUGUUACUGUUUUCUUUUCUGUGUACAACCCCAACAAGGCCGUCAAGGAUGAUGGUAGCGGGAAUGUCAGGAUUCAAAAACCCGAGCAAGGGCCUUUCUAUAUCUCACCUAAACCCCUCGACCAACUCAUCCCUACAUUAGGAAACGGGUCAAGGAUAGUCAAGCAUGCCUCCAUGGGAGCCUCCUUCUCUUUAAGUGUUUGUGGUGUGAUUAUAAUUUUGAAGCCUGUGAUUCAAUACAUCCUAUAUGUGAUACUAGUCCUGUUUGGAUAUAUUCUAGGAGGAUUGCGGCAGGGACUGCAUAUCCUGAAAAGAGGUUUAGAUGCAGCCAUUAAAUAUAUUCUAGAGAGAAGGCGGCGGCAUCGACUGUUAAGGAAUAGAGUUGUUGAUGCAGCUGCAAAUAGAACAAUACAAGCGACUGCACAAGCAGAUGCAGCUGAUCUCUGUGUGAUCUGCCUUGAGCGAAAGUGUGACGCCGCUUUUGUUGAGUGUGGUCAUAUGUGCUGCUGCAUAACAUGCUCCGUGAAGCUGCAAGGGAAGCCUUGUCCUCUUUGCCGCAAACCAGGAACUCGAAUAUUGAAGAUUUACCGCCAUUGAAGACAACAAAACAAAAAACUCAGUAGCAACAACUUGGACUAAACAUUCCUAUCUACUAAAAGCCAAAUCAUCUGGGAAACAAUCGUUUGCAAACAAACAAACAAACAAACAAACCUAAUAGAAUGUUUCAAGUCUUUUUUUUUUUUUGAGCAAACAAGCAUUUCAUUCAGAUCAGAGUUUAGAUUCCUGAAGUGGAGUUUGUUACAGACAAGCCAAGAGCAGAUUUUGCCACAGAAUCUGCCUCAGUAUUAAAGUUGCAAGAAAUAAACUCGAAGGAAAUUACAUCAAAGAGAGGAAUAGAUCGAUAGGUAUCAAACAUGAUACCGAACAGUUCAGGUUGAGUCCCUCCCGUCUUCAAUAAGUUGAUUAGGGAAAGAGAAUCAGAGAGAACCGCUAGGGAUCGGACGUUUGAGUAGACAGCGCAAGUGACAGCGCGAAGGACAGCUAUGGCUUCCGCCAUUAAAGCCGAUGAAACAUGCCUGUGGACUUCUGAGAUUAUAGAAAGAGAAACUGGAGCUUCUCCUGAAUAGAUGCCUCCUAUACCACAGUCUCCAGUCUUUGCAUCCCAGGCUGCAUCCACUUUGGCCACCAGCACCAGACUUCUGAGAUUAUAGAAAGAGAAUGUUUCAAGUCUAUUUCUAUUGAAUCCUGUGUUGAAUAACAUCUUGUUAACAGUUUCAGUGGUCUCUUCUUUCAGUUGUUUUACCCAGGUGGAGAUUUUGUUUUUUCAAGCUAAACUCACUGCUGAUAGUAUUAUCUCGAAUUAAAAAAGACAAAUGUAUUUAGAUUCCCCGAGUCAUGAAAAUACAUGCAUAUGAAGG